AUGUCUUUUUUACUUUUUCUUGGCUUGAAAGUAAAUGGUGGUUGGUCCGGUUGGUCAAUAUGGAGCGGAUGUGCGGCUGGGAUUUGCGCGGGGAAUCAGCGGAUUAGAACAAGGACUUGUACCAAUCCGAUUACAAGUAAAGAUGGAAAGUACUGCGUUGGAGAGAGCUCUCAGCAGAUGGACUGCAUGAGUAAGUGUGUUUUUAGGCGUGUGGUUUGGAAUUAAUUAUUUCCUGCCUGAUUAACAAAGAAAAUCACUAAUACAGGCAUCAAUAAUCGUGGAUACAGUUAUACACUGAAUGCUACUGGUCUGACGUUAGAAGAUGGGAAACUUUAGAUCAUGAGACUAAAGAAAAAAAGGUAAACUUUUCCUGGUGCAAAACAGUUCCCAUGAAAAUCUCUUGAAAAAAAAAAAAAAACAAAAUGGCACACAUAAUCUUUGAUUUAGCUUUCGACGACGUCAAUGUUCCCAACCAAAGAUAUAACGGUUGUAAUCGAAAAAAAUUUGAUUGAAGGGUUUCCUUGUGGCAUCAAUAUUCAAUAUGUAUCACGAAGUCAUGCUGACGUGGCUUUCAGAAAGGUAAUAUCUACAUCUGGCAACCUCAAAGGAAAAAUUGUAGGCUCACCUUUUUUUUUUUAAUUUAAACAAAAGACCAAUAUAAACAGCUUUAUUUUUCGCCAGUUAUAGAUAUUUUCGAUUUUUAUGAUGACUUUAAUGGUAUAAAUUGUGCCUAUAAUACCAUAGAUGAGGGGAUCAAUUAUUAUUCUAGAGAUAUCCACAAGAGAUAAGCUUAACUAGAACGAUACUGACAAAAAUGUAUUUUGAUAAUGUAUACUUAAAAAUAAGAGAGGUGUUUUUAGAAAUUAAUGUAUUUCUCAGGUGAGAACGAUUACGUGAUCUUUGAUAUCUAUUUUUUUUAUAGCAACGGAGGAUUAGUUUUUUCAUAGGACUUUUGCACCGUCUCCAGCAAUAAGGAUCAACAGUUUGAAUGGAUGAUCCGCCAGAUUCUUAAAGUUCUCAAAAUUUGCUUGUCAGAAUCUAAAUCUGAACUUAUUCGUCAUCUGACAAUAUUUCAUUGCAGUUGAUGGUGGUUUCACAGAAUGGAGUCAGUGGUCUCUGUGCGAUAACCCUUGUGGGGGAUCUGUGGUUAACAGGACAAGAACUUGUGCCAACCCCACCCCCUCUCUGGACGGGAAACCAUGCACUAGAGCCACAGUACAAACGAAGAUGGAAUGUGUUGGGCCUUGUCCAAGUAGGUCGAAUUUAAAUCGCGUACAUGUAUAUGGAUAGCUUUGAACAAAAGUAGAAUGGACAUUUUCGGAAGAAAUGAUAUAAAACAAAAGAGAAACAAAAGCAGUUUAUUAACGAGUCAUUCACACUAGUUUGAUAUCAUGCAUAGCCGGAUUAGCGAAAAGGAGUAGGGUCUUGGCAUGAAAUACGAUUGUUUUUUGCGAUCGCGAAAGUGUAUCAGGACGAUUUAUUACAAUGUAAUGGAUGUACUUAGCAUUAUGAAUACUCUGUAAAACAAUGAUUUUACGGGCUUUACAGUAAACGCAAGAGGAAUUAACUUUCUCUUCUUAAACACGUAUAUCUACAAGUGGGCCUCUUUCUUCUCUGACUCGUUUGCUUGACUCUUAGCGGGUCCCCUCGACGGUAAUUGGGGUUCCUGGACUCCUUGGUCAACCUGUCCCAAAACAUGUGGUAUGUCGGAUGGAAGCAUUCUCAGACGAACUAGGUUGUGCAACCAGCCUCCCCCGAUGAAUGGCGGGAAGCUGUGUGACGGCGACGACACUGAGACUGCGAGAUCUUGUUUCGCACCUUGUCCAGGUUGGUACGCUGCUGAUCACCUAACGUAACACAUGAAAUACAAAGCAUCCACCAUGUUUAAUUUAUCUCCGAUUAAACUGAUCGGAGCUUUUAAAUACAAAGUAAAGGCGACAAUGAAGAAAUAGUUAUCAAAUCUGUCACAUAUCACGGUCACAGACUUGUUGUAAAUCUACCAAUUUGAACAAUUAAGAGCUACUUCUUUUUAAAGGUAACUUUCAAUAGGCAAAAAUCUUCUUGUGACCUUAAUCCUUAGGAAUAUAUGAUUAGCGUUUUAAGGUUUUGCUUGUCAUACCUUUUUCUUCUAGUGGAUGGUGGGUUCACUUUGUGGUCUACAUGGACGACGUGUAGCCAGAGUUGUGGGACUGGCUCCAAAUCAAGAAGCAGACUCUGUAACCAACCAGUACCUACAAAUGGAGGAAAAAACUGUUCCGGGGACUUCAUUCAAGCGAAGAGCUGCAAGCUUACGUCAUGUCCUGGUACGGAUAAAUUCUCUCUCUGCACUCCUUACGAGGACUAGCUUAUGCAAAGGCACCAAUAAUGAUUCGAAAAAGAAGAAAUAUGGUAAAUUUUGAGCACAAUCAUCGAUAAAGAAAAGUUACUAUUAAUAUCAAAAGAUCGUGGUAUAUAAAAUUCUGAGUCCUCCACGAGGAAGCAAAACCCAGACAUUCGGAUUUCGUGGUCCGAUACUCAGUCAUUGGCAUACACAAAAUUUUUCGGCGAGCUGAGUUAUCACUAGGUACAUAGGUAACAUGCGCGCGCAUAUUGCUGGAAUCAGCAAUGCCGAAGGCAUAAGCAUGAAAAAGUUUUUGAUAAUUUUUAUUUAUUUUGUUCGGCAAACCGCACUCUAAUUUUUUUCCGUUGCUCACACGGUGCUUAGAAAAUGCUGAUCCCUGUAGAUAAUGUUGCAGCCAGGGUAGGGGUUGGCCUUUUCAUAUUCGCUAAGCCUUUAACUCCCAUGAGAGACCAACACAGAAUUUUACAAUAUCAAUACAAUAUCAAGCAGACAAGUGAUGAGAAUAAAGAAAAUUACUAAUUAGGGGAUUAUAAGGUGAUCCAAUGCCAAAUUCUUCGAACUAAAAUCACAAGAACUGUAUGGCAGACAGUAAGGAGAAUUACCAAUGAGAUCUUAGGAGUUAAAGGGUUCAGAAGUGAGUAACAAAUCAUCGUUGAAAUGACGAGCUGCUUGACUAAAGAUAUUGCAAUAUUACGUCAUAGGAGCUGUUAAUGGUGGUUGGUCAGCGUAUUCGUCUUGGAGUGCAUGCACAGAUUCAAAGUAUUGUCUUCAAGGCAUGAAAAAACGCACCAGAAAUUGCACCAGUCCCCCUCCAGCAAAUGGUGGCGAUGAUUGUGUUGGUCUUGCUGAGGAGGUAAAGAAUUGCCCAACGGAUAAAUGCACAAGUAAGAACUAUUUCCUCUUUCUGAAUAAACCAUACAGUACUUUCGCAAUCUGAUUUGGUGUAGUAGAGAGUUUGUUAGAAGGGAGAGAAAAGGCGAUGAACCGUUGAGGUAUUAGAUGCGUAUUUCUUCUUUUUUUAUUUCGGUUCGCUUUGGGAUUCUUUUCUUGGACUCUUCUUCUUUACUUAAGAAUUGUUCACCUUAGUCCAACCAUGGAAGGGAUCUUUCUGAAUUAUUGACCAAGAGCAAGGGCUUGCGUUUUAGAUGAUAGUGCCGUAAAUUACUUUUAAUAACUUUAGCUAUGAAAGAACACUUGAUCUGAUGCCCUCGCCGACCUAACUAACUGGAGAAGGAAAUAUCUGAAUGAAAACAAUUAGAUGAUUAACUAAAAAAAACUGUUAUUGGUUUGAUGCACUGUAUCUUAAAGAGCUUAUAUGCUUUUAUUUUGAUGUUUUUUAGAAUAUCAGCCACUUAAGCUGGAAAAGACUGUAGCAGACCCAAAGUCUUGGAUUUAUCUCGAGUGUGGGGCAACUGAAAAGUUCUCUGUCAAUGGAUCCCACAAACAAAACCUGCCAUCUGGUUUGUUUUCAAGUCAAAAUUUCGGUUUCAUCAGAGCUGAACUGGAAAGCGGAUAUUUUGCAAUCCAAAUGCUCCCUGACGAUAACGACGAAUACGGAGAAAAGAAAAUAACAAAGGUUUGUUCGCAAAUGGAAUAAUGAGAAUAGCAUUGUUUUAAAACGCUGUCGUUGAAUAAGGAAAGAUGGUUUUCGUUUUGUCGCGCGCAAGUGUGAGAAAACUAUAAACUCUGGAUCGUUAACAGGUGAUCGAAACCCCAAACAUUUGGAUUUGCACUCCAAUGCUCUACCGCUAAACGAAAGAGAACUCAGUUGUUGCCUAAGCUAUAAGACACGCGCCGUGCAUAUCGUACAUGAGGGAGUAGAACGUGAUGAAUAUUAUUCUUUUUUUUUCGACAAGCUUUUGAUUACGCAAUGGUUUCGAAAUGGAACUUAAACACUUCUUAAAACUGAUUAUUGAUCCCUUCCACUCCAAAGAGAAACGAAAAUCAAUCUCUCCGUAAAAUGCUAAUGCAUUUUCAAUCGGAAAGGCGAUAAGUAGAAAGAAAAAUAUUAAUGCCAAACAGGGUUAGUACUUAAAUUCAAACCAAAUAAACAGAGCUGAACAUAAGGGUUGUAUGACAGGCGAUAAGAAAAAUUGUUACUUAGAUCUAUAGUUUAAAAGAUAGGCAAUAUGAAAUACAAUUUCUAUUUAGAUCUGCUUUGAGAUCAUCGACCCACUGACAAUCGAAAAAAUUGUCACCAACAAGGCAGCUUAUUAUGUAAAGAUCAGCGCUCUACCGGGGUGGACUAAGCCUGAAUUAAAUGAGACAAUUCCAGGAUUCACCAUCUGGAUUGAUGAGGCACAAGCUUUGAGAAAAUACGAGUUCUUAUGCGCAAAAUCCGAGAAGUAUGUCCCAUACACCGAGUUUGUUAUGCAGGAUGUCAGGUGAGCUCAUAACAUAAUGUAUUUUAAAAUUUUUUUCUGUAUUAUCAUAAUUAUUUUUUUAUGUUGCGUUAUUUUUACCUGUCGCAACUUGACAACAUUUGGCUCCAAAGCAAUUGCCGAUAUGUGAUUUCAGUCACCGAUGGACUCUAUCUGUAUUUGUUGCUGUUUAUUAUGUUAUUCGUCGAUUCAUUACAUGCGAGAAUUGACAGAUAAAAGAUCGGGUGAGCCAACUACAAAAGCCACCUCACCAAACUGUUCGCGGACCAGUUAGCCAUUCAGCCAAACUCAACCAAUUUAGCAAGCAACUUACCACUUGACAUAUCACUCGCAAGAAAACAAAAACAUAAACCAAGUAUAAGCAUGAGGAAUUUUAGAUGAACAUAUUUGCCAAUUCACAUUUGCAGCCAUUCAUCAUCAUACGUUGAACACUCUUCAAAAAAAAAAAAAAAAAAAAAAAAAAGAAAAAAAACAUGACCAUUAUAUUUAUCCUUAUCUACUCUGAUAUCUGAAAAUUUUGUCUUUGUGCUAGAUUCUCCUAUUACACCGAGGGAAAUUUCCAGACAUUUAAAGCCAAAGGAGAUUACUAUUUAAAAUCAGGAACUUUGUUCAAGACGGAAGUAAAGAAAAGCGGAGGAGUGUAUGCCACGGGGAACGCUGACUCCGCUAAUUUUGGUGAUAUGAUGGCGUCCUUUGGUUUGGAUCCACACUAUUUACCGGAACCUUUCAUUAAGGCAUUGACGUAGGUUUUAAAACACUGGACCAUCUAUUUUCGAGUGCCUUGUGUGCAAAUUUACAGGUUUUUUCUAUGCAAAUGUAUAAACUUUGGUGAUUCUCAACAUUUCUUCGUUGUUUGUUCCCGUGCGUCCGAUUUAUUAGAGAUGCCUAAAAGAAAAAGACUAAUCUACAGUAAAAGUCCUCCUCUUCCUCGAUGAAAUGCUCCCCAUUUGGUGAGCUAUCGGUAAGGCUCUCAUUGAGCCAAGCUAAAAAAAAAAGAAAAGUAUGCUUUCCGCCAAGAGAAAACUCGUUAUAGAUUCUAGCCAUGUUAAUUUUGCUCUGCGACCCUUACAACAAAGAAACAACAGUGAUGAUAAAUGAAAAAAAAAAAGAUGUAUUCAUGAAAAGAGACAGACGCAAGAUGAGUCAUUUUAGACUCACUCUACUAAAUGGUUUUUCUCGUAGACGAGUUGGCAUCUGGAAUUUUACCAUGGCUCCUGCCCAGUUACUUAGAAAUCUGCAGAGAAAUGGAGUAUUUAGAUUCACAGCAUCCAUCGACGCCCUUGGAGUGCCAGUCCACGUUGAAGUUUUGGCAGGCAUCAGAUUUGCAAGGCCGACAUUUGCUGUUGGAUUUUCCUUCGAUCGUGGGUCGUUUGGAAGGCUGGCAGAAAAACUGUCUGGAAUCGAAGUUGAUUUCCUGGACAAAUUUGGUGUAGAGCUCGAGGUAGUAAGGAUUCUAUGUUCGAACACUUUUUGUUUUAGUACCUUAAAUACAAACCCAAGCCAGUUGUGUCAAUCACUUAAAAUAUUCGUCAAUAUAUCACACGGGAACAACGAGAGUUCAAAGUGGAAAGGCGUUGCAGGCUGCUUACUUUCUCUAUUGAGAAAUUCAAUCGUUUUUAUUUCAGUGCUUGUUUGAGUUUCUUGUAACAGAAUUAUGCAGCGAAAUACAAUUAUAUGCUGACUUCUACAUUUUACUGUAUACUUUUAACUCCUCUGUAACAGAUUGGCGUAUCUUUCCACCCUCCGAGUGGCUUAGGAUUUCAGCAACUCUAUGUCGAUUCAGAGACAAAGUUUUCCAAGGAACCGCUUCAUAGUUACAUCUACACAAGUGUUCCUCAAGGUAUGUAUACCCCUGCCAAAAGAUUCUCUUCUCCUCAAGAUUUGAAGCUCACUUACACGCCAUCAUAAAUUACUUCUUUAGAGGAAACGCAAUCUGAACUAGUUAUUUUUUCUAACUUUGUAUAACAUCAGACGAAACUGCUGAACAAGUCAGACGUUUUCUUUUCAGGAUUUUUUGCCCUCAAUGAAAAUUUGUUGUUGUUAUUGUUUUUUUAGAUAAAUAAUUUUCAUUUUCGUGAACUCUUUUGGCUCACAGGAAUCUUCGCUGUAGCUCAGGUUGUCCUUCCAAAAGACUGUAAAGGCAACAAAUUCUGUGAAAUUAUGAAGAUGAUUGUAGGGCCGACAAUUAAAUGGUAUAUCACUGGUCACUUUGAAUGGAAGAAGAUCCGAAUCGCUACCGGGUUCGCUAAUGUUCGCAUCCAAGAUGGCCUUUACUUUCACAAGCUGGAACUCUACGUCGAGGUACUUGUGGAGAGACUACUGACACCUUGCUCGUUUAAAAGUUUUUAUGUUGAUUGCUCGAUACGUUUUACGAAGAUUUUUUUUACACUUUUUAUUUUAGGCGGACUGGAAUGAUACAAAAGUAAAUACUAAAAUAGGUUUCCGUGCUGAUAUCAAAGUACCAGUGAAAGGCGAAGUUUUCUUUGAUGGGAUCAAGGCUCCAGAGAGCGCUCUUUUUCUGGUUGGUGGGUUGGCAUACGACUUUACAGAGCAGGUAGUGAGCGGAAUUCUGGGAAUGAGAGGAUUCUGGCGCAAAGCAUUCUCCAUCGACUUUCUUGGCAUUGGUAACAUUUAUCUUGGGUAAGUGUUGAAUAAAUAUUCAUAUGAUAUCAGUUUAAAACCUAACUUGUUGUGCAUAUACGUUCAAAAUCCUUCAGUUAUUUAAUAUUCACAAAUUCAUGCUAUGGCUCUUAGGAUGUCAAAAACGAAUUGGAUUCCCUCCAACAGAAAAUAUAAACUAAAUUCUGAUAAUUUAGAUACUCUCAGUUGUCAUCUUUGUGUCUUAAAACAUCCAAGAAGAAUCCAGACUACUGAUGCAGAUUUGAUCUCUUGUCACUUGCUUUUUGCAUUACAGUCUGACCUACCAAGUUGGGGUACCUUUACCUAUUACCGGUGUCAAGUUUGGAAUGGGAAUCGAAUAUGGAUACGACUGUCUUAAACCUGGAGACUUUACUUAUGAAGUGAGCUUGAAGACAUGUGUUAUACGCCGCGAACGCAAAAUAAAUUGGUGCUAGGAACUAUUGGAAUACUGAUUGAAGAAGACAUUGUUCAUGGUUAUCUUUCCCUUCCUCGAUGCUCACAAGAAGUUAAGAGAGCUCUAUCGUCAGGGAAACUAUAUUGUGGAGGAUUUAUUCAAGAAUGUAUAUGUAUCAGUAUUUGUAUUACUUGUAUAUGUCUCCGUAUGAGUAUCCAGCAGCUCAGCUCGGGUCCCAUGUCACAACUGUUAUUGGAGUUUAAUAACACGUAUUUAUUAAUUCAGUUUUAUCCAUUGCCUCGUAUAUUUAUUCUCUGUUUUCAUUAGGGGCAUUGUUUUGGAGGCAGUGGCUACUUUGGGGUUGGACAGCCACAGUUCUUCUACGCUGAAAUGACAGCAAUGACUCUCGGGAAGAUUAUACGCCUCUUGGGAUUCACAUUUGAACUUCCACCUCCAAUAGCUCAGUCUGGCUUCCCAGAAGGCGCUGCGGUACGUUUUCCAAUUUUUGGUAAAUGUCGCUGUUAGCUUCUUGCAUCACUCUUGCCAAUAUCAAAAAAGUACACGUACGAAGAGCACCAAUAUAGUUGCAAACGUGAUUCUUUUUAUGGGGCAGCCAACACCCUUUAAGGAUCAAUGAAGUAGAGUGUUAGAGUGACAAGGCUGAUAGAUUAUGUCACGGAAAGUUAUUUUCUUUUAAUCAGGGCGUUGAAAAGCAAAUAAAAUACACUCGGGUGAGAAUCCUUACCCGACAUACUUGUUGUGUAUUUUGAAGUUUUGGGGUUUCCUCAAAUCCCAACCAUAUGAUUAAAAUAGACCGCUACGAAGGAGAAGAUAUCAAUCUGAUUCAGAACAAAUUUAUCAUUACAGGGCUCAUACGGCGAAUCUACUGUGGAUUUAAGAAUCACUGGUGGUUCAUUCAUUCCUGAGGGUCUUAUGGUAAGAGGAAAGGUCAAUAUUCUGGGAUGGACAAUUUCUGCGUUUGCUAAACUAUCAGAUUCGGUAAGCAAAUAUAUCAGUUUUGUUUUGUUUGCUAUCUAGAUAUUAAAAAUUGACCAUAGCGCGAACAGUAUUUGUCUUGGGAAACACCUACGAUGAAGAUCGUUUGUGGAAUGGUGUCAUAUUUAAUUUAUUGGAUAUUAUCAACUAUCAACAUGACGAUAGGGGGCAAAUUGAGCCAUGUCAGAUUAUUCAAAAGUAUUGACUAUUAAAUCUAGAUUUAUUUUAAAUAAUCAUGAGUUAUUCUGUUCUUAAGGUUCAUGGCGAUUUAUUUUUCUUGUUUUGAUCUUUUUCAGUCAAUUAAAAUAGAUCUAAAACCAGACCCAAUAAAAAUCUUGGAUCUGGCUACGAUCGUUAAAAGCCCAACUGAACCAGAAAAGGGACCUUCAUUCUUCGUCGAAGCCAAAAAGGAUCCAAUCUUUUUCGAAGUAAGCGGCUACUGAUUCAUACUAUCUAGAAUUGUCCGGCAUUAACCUAAGUACCUGUCACACCCCUCCUAAGAUAAAUUAAAAGCAUAUUUUAGCGCAUACAAACAAUUGACUUAAAGUAAGCCUCUUUCUAAUUUAUUGCUUCGCGUGGAGAUUCUUUAAGAAGCUUUUUCAACAACUACAAGUUGAUUGAAUUUUACUGGCACAAGCUCUAUGUCGAGCCCUUAAUAAUGGAAAACGGGAGAAUUGUAAUUGAGAGAUUUUUCGUUCUCAAUCUUAGAGCUCUCUAGGCUUUUUCGCUUCUGACCAAGAAUCAAACACAAGUUAACGUAAUACGAAUCGCUUAAUCUCUACAAGACAAAACAAGUUCUAGUUAAGUAUCGAGAAUAUUCCGGAAUGGUCCAUAGCAGCUUCUGUUCUGCCUUACUUCGCUAUGCGAUUGGUCCUCUCGACCAAUCGAUCAGAUCGAGUGCUGAAACCGAUUGUGAUUUGCUCACUUGUGUUCUCCCGCGCUUCAAGCACUUUCCUUGUUUUUCUUUAGCAUUUUCACCGGCUUCUUGUGUAAUUUUGCACUCCUCUGAUUGGCUGUUAUGGCUACGUCAGUUUUGGUUUGCGAAUCUUCAGCGAAAUGCGCCUCAUUGAUAUACACUUUUUUCAUUAUCAAGAUUUACCCUUGGCAUAUCAUGACGGAAUAUUAUUUAAUCACCCACACAGGCUUUUAUAGAAGGAUAUAUAGAUCUUUUGGGGAUCUUGGCCUACUGCCGGCUGAACCUGACGAUGACUCAUAUGGAGCUAGUAAUUCAAGGAAAUUUCCUGGGUCUCAUCAAGGCUGAAGUGUUCGUGUCAUCAGCCUUCAGUUUGACCUUCUUAGGCUCCAAGUUCUACUGCAAAGUCUCACUGGACCUAAAUGGAUUGAAUAACGUAAGAAAAUGGGCAAAUAGUUAGGAAUAAAACUCUUCAAGUUUGAUAAUAACAAGGCAUUUUUUCACGUGAGAGCUGGGGAUUUUAAUAUUUAUUUAUUUUGUCAUUUUAGUUGCUGUUAUAUAUGGAUUGAGACUGAGAAACUAAACCUUUUCUCAAACAUCUUAAAAUUAUUAAAUUUAAAUUUACUCUGUUUCUUAUUGAUAUGUUCCUGAUUGAUCAAUCUGGAGCCGCAUAUAUUUUUGCGUAUAACUGAUGAAUUUUUAUAAAAUAUUGUUUCGCAGGCCCUAGAUGUCGCAGCUGAGGCUGUUAAAAGUGCUUUUAAUGAGGCUCAAAAGAAACUUGCAGAUGCAAGAUCUGCAGUCAUAAAGGCAAAGGAGGACUGUAAACGGAAGAUGGUACUCAAAUGUGACAACUGUAGAAAGCUUAAAUGUGCUCAAGCAGUAGUCAACUGUAAAGGUUUCUUGGAUAAAGCUGGAAAAUGGAUUGGUGGUGUUGUCGAUAUGGCUGGUAAUUAAUGUUAGAACUACACAAAGUGAAUGUCAGAGAUUGAUAGAAUGAUCUGCAACUUCACAGUUCAUACUGCAGCACCUGAAAUAAGCUGUAGGUUAUCUCAUUGAAGUUUUUCCCUCAGAGCAAUUUUUAAUUCAGUAUCGUAGAAACAAACUCAAAGUAUAAAAAAGCAAAUUAUCUGAAGCGCGUGAGAGCAAAAUUCUUGAUUUGUUCCAAUUUGAAAUCUUAGUUUGGAAGAUGUGGCGAGGUUCCCAGACAAUUCAAAGAGCAAAGUAAAGCAAAACCAGCAUAUUACUUUCAACAAGCAAUUGAAACUGAUCUAUGGAAGCACUUGAAUCUUUCUUUAUCAUAUUUUCUGCUUUUCAAGGGAACUGGAUAAAAGGAACUAUAAAGAAUGUUGAUCAAGCUUUAGCUCCGGUAAGUGAAUAGGGCUAUUUAGAUUCUUAAUUUGAAAAUUAUGACAAUGACAAUAAGACUGAUGAGAAUGAUGAUAAAAGUGAUAGGUAUUUUGAAACGAUCAGGUUGAAAGUUCAAUUUGAGUCAUGUUCACUUUUCAAAGCGAACCAUGAUCUCUGGAACAAUAAUGAAUGCGUUUAGUUUCUGCUUAAAAAAUGAAAGUCUUUUAACUCAAUUAUGAGACUCCUUGAUGAAGCUGAUUUUGGUGAUGAUAAAAUACAUUUCCUAGUAAGUAACACGUCCACUCAAAGGAGCACCAGACGUAAACAUAGUCUUCAUCACAGGUUGCUAAUGCCAUCAAGAAAUUCUUCAAAGGCUGGAAAAGAAAGAGAGCAGUACACGACAUGCGCAAUGAGAACUUUGCACUUCAUGUCCGCCGACGCCGAUUUAUUAGUAAAAUAUUAUGCGAAGGCCUGGUUGGCGGUGGCUGCAGUUGUGAGUGUCUUAGCCAUAAAGCUAUGUCUUAAAAUUUCACCAUUUAUGAAUUUGUCGACCGAAUAGUGUUAAAUAACGUAUUGUAGUGAGUUGCAUUGAUUUGAAAGUAUGUUUUUUUUAGUACUUCUCUCCUUCGCAGUUAUUGUUUAGUAUUGUCAUGUAACGCGUGUUGUGUGACACAAUUUACCUGAUGUGUUAAGAUCUUAACAACGGCAACGAAAAAAAAUCUAUUUUAUCAGAGGCAAAGGUAGGACUACCCUUAUGUUGAGGGGUAGGGGCAUAAUUUCCAUCAAUGGUCAUACUGGUAUUUGUGGGGCUGCCUGUUUUGCUUUCUCUAUGGAGAGAUGAAUGCAUCCUUGGACCCCUCUUCGCCAUCAGGCCAUGAACUUCCAUGAACCACACCAAAUACCUUUCAUUGCCGCUUUUAGCUGUAUCUAACCUUUGUGAAGGAUCCUGCCACCUUGGGGACCACAUCGGGAAAGGCCUGUGUAACGUUUUAGACAUUGCAGUUGGCCUCCUGAAGUUAACAGAGACGACCUGUAACUGGGUCAGCUAUCAAGCUAUCAAAUACGUCCUAACACAACUUUUCAGAGUCUACAGGUAACUAACUUUGUACGGAGAAAGAGAAAAAUUUGGUGCGAUUCACAUGACUCAACUUAACCUAUGACAGUUAAAAUUUGAUCCACGCUGCCUUCAAGCCAAAAGCUACGUGGAGUAGCUUUCGGCUUGAAAACAUGUUGUUUCCUUUACGAAAAGAAAAAAAAAAAUGGAAGAAUAUCCGCUUGGGCCGAUUCAAUUUCCAAGUUUGCAUUUGAAGGACCAAUUGGAACGUUCCAUGAUAAAAAUUAGGGCAAAUGAAUGUCUCUUUGAGAAAUUUCUUCGGGUCGAAUUGAUUUGCAUCCGUGCAUUACUUAGCACAGUAAAACUAUCUGAGGCGUAUCUAAUUUUUGGAUCAGAUGGUUUCGAUGAGUUGGGUUCACCCCGUUGUUUCUUCCCUAAGAAAAAAGAGAAUUUUGUUUGAUUGUGGUUUAUGGAUUCUGUUUUUUUCAAACAUAGCAUCAAAUUUGAGUUUUCACUGGCUGCUUACGCACUGGGAGGGAACAGCAAUCUCAUAUUCAACGCAGCAUUCGACUUGAUGAUAUUUGGGAGACGUUUUUAUCUGGCAACUGAUUUCAACUUGAGAGAUGCGAUCGGUAGCCUGAAAAAGGGAGCAGAUAAAGCUACGGAGUGGUACAAGGAGAAAAUGAAUAAAAAGGGAGCAACAGACACUGAGGAGAAUUACUACGAUAAUGCAAAUCCUUACGCUGAUUUUGACAUGUCAGGUACAUAUGUUUAUCUAUUAUCAAGAGAAAAUUAUCAUUUCCUCCUGUAAAUAUUCCUUGAUUAUGCAUACACUACCUCAGUUUUACGCAAAUGUAUCCGUUGAAUAUAACCAGUGACUUUUACGGGACUUCCAAACUCUGACAUCCUCUUUUCACCACCUCUCCUAAUUCUUUGUCGUGAAAUACUGAGAUUAAAAAAACCGACUAAGAUGUAUUUCCCGUUUAGUUGCGGCUUAUAAGAGCUGUUAUUUUAAGGCUAGUGUCUUUACCAUCUUGAAACUCGAUUGAAAGGUUUUCUAAGAAUUCGAAAUAAGCCUGCAGUUUCGUUUGUUUUAGAAACGUUACAUGCACUUUAUUACCUUUCCAAUAAUUGGAGAAAAUUUUCUAAUAUCUAUAUUUUACUUGCUCUGUAGAAAUAUUCUUGAUAGAGAAUCAGCAAUCAGCCACAGAUGACAGACGCGGCGCUUGUUUUUUCGUUGAAUCCAAGACAGAUGGCGCUCUUAUCAAGGUAACAGGUUGUAAUGAUACAGAUGAGAGACAGAACUGGGCCUACACUAUGAAAGGACAAAUCAUGGUAAGUAGCAUUGUAGUAGAUAUUAUUCAUGUAGCCAUUUUGAAAGAUGUUUUUUUGCUGCUAAUUUAGUUACAAGUAGAUUUCGUGUGGAGAAUUGAGAAUAUUCUCGAUCCCAGUUAGCCCGUGGCAGAGCUUAUCGUUCUUGAAUUAUUCUUCAUUUAGAAUACAUGGUCCCAGUUGUGUAUUGAUUCAAAUGGAGGAUCAAAAAAUUUCAGAUUGAAACAAACCAAAUGUGAUCCGAGAAAAGAUGACCAGAAUUUUCAAUGUGAUUUGGCGGUUAGAUCUCUAAUGAGAAAGCGAAGCGAUCAGUGCUGGACACUGGGUGAGUGAAUUUGUGCUGUUUUUGUGUUGUUUGCUCUGUAUGACUUCCUCCUACACAUUCAUCUAUCUGAAAUAUUCUCUAAGAAACUUGCCAGCAAUUUAUAUUUACAGUUGUAGAUUUUUAGCUUUUGAUUCUUUUUGAAGUUGGCCAGACGGAAAACUUACGUAGAAACCACUUUGUAAACGACACUAUUCUCUGGCUUCUAUUGGCUGUUAAAUUUACCAAAAUGAAAAAAAUUAUGCCUUAUCGCCAGUCAUUCAUGACUAGCCCAUAACAAAUCUGGCCUUCAAAUCUCCUGUGAUAAUGUCCUGUUACAUUAAGGUAUUGUUGCACUACGGGCCAGUUAAAUUGAUCACCCUGCCGUUUUUAAACAAUUUCUCUUUAUUGAGUGACUUUGUAAGUUUUAUUUUUUCAACACGAUUUUUACAAUGAUCAUAACCAUUACAAUUUCCUAAAAUGUGACUGGGGCAUUAGCUGCUUUAUUUUUCAAAAAUCAUUCUGUACGUUUGUAAUCGGACAGUUGGCUGUAAUCGGACAGUCAAAGCAGCCAACCAUACUAAAUCCUCUUAGUUAAAUCCACAAUCAUAGAAUUGAUCACAAUAACUAUGGCAACAACCACAAUUCUGGGGAAUUUCCAAAAUGGAGGAAUUUUUCACUUUACACACUGUCUCUACUGGAAAUGUUAGGCUUAAAUGUAUUUGUUUGUUUUUUCGGAAAUUGUAACAGUUAUGAUUAAUUGAUAACAUGACUUCGUGUCGUCCAAUUCAGCCUGUAAUCAUGCUCGUGAUUAAGAAAUCAGACUCCCGCUUCGCGGUAAUCCGAUUUUGUCAAUCGCUUGUUUGAUUACAGAUCGAAUAGGACACCACUCGUUCCUAGUACCAUUAUAAUUUAUUUAUCUUCAGGGAAGACAAGCUUGAAUGGACCUGGCUCUUUGGUUCAUCUUGGAUCACUGAAGUGUAUUCAUCCACAGGGAGGAGGCUACAAUGUAGCCGAGGGAACAAAGCUGCUUAUUCAUUGCGGAUGCAGUGAGAGCAGGUAAGAUAAAAUAUGUUUAAGCCUGCCUAUUCUUCUUUGAUUUAGGGCAGUAUCACCCUCCAUUACAAUGGAGCUUGUUAAUAAAUAGCGUAAAUCUUGAACAUUCGGGCUGCUUAUCUCCCUCAGUGCAAUGGCUUUGGUGGAAACUAGAGGGCUGUUGCUUACUCAUUAUGAGAACGCAAGAUUACAUUAAGAACAAUAGGGCUUCACAUCUGAGCUACAAACCCAACAAUAACUCACAGAUGGGAAAACUGACGGAUUCGCAAGCUUACCUUAACCUAUAUGAAAUCAAUCAACAGAUUAGAAUUCGUCCUGCAAAAUGGUAAUUUGGUUCAUGCCAAGAGUGGAAAAUGUGUACGGCCUAUGGGAGAAGUCUUGGAUGGUGUUGCACUUGGUCUGUACUCGUCUUGUGAGGGGCAUCAGUUUAGCUUCACUGCUGGAGGGUCUCUACAGCACGUUAGAAGCAGGAAAUGUGUCAACACCAGAUCUGGAGUAAGAGUAGAAGUAGAAUAACGCAGUUAAAAUGUCUUGGAAGAAAUAUUUCAGCCUUUGGGAUUUUGUCGGGCCACAGGAUUUGCGGUUUAUUUAUUUACCAAUCCAAAUCUUAUAACUGUGAUUCUGUCAGAGUUUGAUAGCAGGCAAUGUCAAAUUAUGGUUAAUUUUUGUUCUAUUUCCUUAUUUAACAGACAAAAAUUGAUCUAAAAGAGUUGAGGGUAUUUUUCAUCUACAGCUUAAGUUCGUUGUGCUUUUUUUCUCUUUUAUCAGAAAAUGAAAGCCGCGAACAAUGAAGAUAUGGUGCUUAGAAGCAAGUGCGAAAAUAGUGACACUUCCCUCACCAAGGAACAUCUUCUCUUCAGUUUCGUUCCGAGUAAGUUGUUCUAGAACGUCUGUUUGUUGGCUUUUUUUUCUUAGAUAAUGACCUAAGAAUCAGAAGGGUAUGAGAGUGUGUAAUAAUUUGAUGCUUUUUGUAAAGCUGACAAACUUCCUAUCUUCUUUGUUCAGCUGAUCCAAGCGUUCAUCUCGAGAGGUGUACACAUUUUGAUAGAGCAAGGCUGGAUCAGCGGUUUGAGGUCAUGGACGAACCAGCCGUUAGCAUUUGCAGCAAAUUCGCAAAGAGUAAGCUCAAAAUUAACUUACCUUUGAUGAUUAAACGGAAAACGAUUACAAAAAAAAAAACAAGGAAAACAUUCAAAACAUUAAUUUAUUCUUAUUUUAAAACAGCAAACGCGAUAAUUUGACGGUAGUAACAACUGAUAGCUUAUUGUAAUAGCACAUUCUUUAAAGUUGUAUUUCUUCUGCACAACAUACACAUGCAUACCGAGGCUUAAGAUGGUUUUACUCUUUAAAUUUCAAUUAAAAUAGUUACGACCUUCUUUAACCUUAUCUGAAAUAAUUCCGUUUAGAUCUUGCAUACAAGAAGGCAACAGAGCAGUCAAGUACUGAUAAAAAUGGAUUCAGUUACCGAGUUGUCGACGAAAACUAUUCGUCCCACUAUGAAGAUAAGUCUUGUGCACAAACCAAGAAAGAAAAGAAUCCUUGGUGGGCAGUUGACCUUGGAAGAGAGUACAUUGUCACUGGUACGUAAACUAAAAAAGCUAUGAGUCCAUGGCUUCCAAAUUACUGACCCAAACAAUUAUGAUUUUUUUUUUCGGUGGUAAAAACCCUCGGGAAGUUUGUUAAAGCACCACAAUUCCCCUUCUAUAUUGAAAUAUUUUCAAGUUACUAUUUUAUUAUUUUGAAACGGUCCAUUUUUUUGUUACCACCGUUGACAAGGAGGUCAGGGGAAGCAUUUUAGCAGUUGUGUCGAGGAUUUAAUAAUUUUUUUUAUAGUUUGAGAAGAGUCCUACAGUCUUUGCUUUGAUAUUUUUCCUCUCCGAUAUCACCCCUCAAAACACCGAUCAGAAUGAUCAUCAGCUUCCAGUUGUUGAUGCAUCUUAAUGAUUCUUCUCAGAUGUGAUGAUUGUCAAUCGCUACAAUAACUUUGAAAGACUCACGAACUUUGAUGUUAAAGUCGGUGUUAGCAAAAACAACACAGAAAAUCCAACAUGUCACGACCGUGUGGGGACUGUAGGCAAGGGACAGGCUCUGAGAGUCCAGUGUGAUCCACCAAUCCCAGGACGAUACGUGUCAGUGCAGAUGUUCGGAGAAGGGAUUUUAUCCUUAUGCGAGGUUGCAGUGUAUUCCAGAGUUGGUAUGUCAAGAAUAACGAUAACGCAUACGUUUUAUAGACGCGGGCAGAAGGCGGCGGUUGAGAAUUCUUUUCCCUGGUGCCCUCUAGAAAUGCUUUUUUGUAUUUGCCUUUUGUUGCUAAAUGUAAAGGCGCAACACGAUGAGUAAAUAAAUUGUACUUCCAUUCGCCGUUCACGUGUCGGAUGUGUCUGUACCAAGGCUCCUAUCAUGUUUCCUUUUUCAGUUUAAAAUUUUGAUUUGAGGAAAGUGAUGUCCUUAAUUACUUUGCCAAAUAAAGAGCUUUAAUUGCCCUUCCCAAUAUUCAAAUCACUUUGUUGGUGUGUCACCUUUACCAGGUGCCUUCGCAGAUUUAUGUCAACUCAAUAAUGGCGGCUGCUCACAGGUUUGUUAUAACCUGUGUAACCUGAAAGUCAAAUGUGGCUGUUGGCCUGGUUAUACUCUGGCUUACGAUGGAAAGACAUGCACUGGUAAGAAAAGUUAUCGUUCCUUUUUGUUUCUUUUUUUUUCUUUUUUCAUCCUUUUUUUUUCCAGUGGAGUUGGUGUUGGUGUCAUGCGUUUUAGGUUGUCACGGUAGCUAUCUCCAUAAAUACCACAGAAAGCAAAACAGUUGGUAACUCAUUGAGUGAUAAAAUUUCCCAUCAGGUUUGAACUUAAGUUAAAUUUUGAGUCGAUUAAAGAAAUGUUCAUCCUAUAUAUUUACAGAGCUCUCUACGGCAGGUAGGACUUGGUGGAACUCCUAAGAAUCGAAUGACAGUUCAAAUCUUGGCUUCUCAUAGAUCUGUUUCACGAAGAAGCUGGCUUAAUUUGCUCUAUUUUCCUUUUUCAGACAGAGAUGAAUGCCAAAUAAAUAAUGGUGGCUGUGAUACUUUAAAUGGCCUGUGUAUCAACACUUUGGGAAGUUAUCACUGUCAAUGCAAACAGGGAUAUCAAUUUCGAGAGAAUAGUGAAUUGAUUUGUGAGGGUAAGUAACCACAACAAUUAAUGUACCUUGCCUUGACAAAGUUUACUUCUUACUUAAAUGGAUAAUGAGUGUUUUUAAGAUAAAAUAUUACAACUUACCUUCCAGGUCGUGUUAAAAACUUUUUUGUCGUUUUUUGUUGUCUCAACUAAUAUAACGCAUGAGUUAUUAAGCCUGCCAGUUGAUUAAACGUGCAGUGACUACUGCGCAAAUAUAAUAACAUGAGUGUCCUUAACCCUUUAACUCCCAGAAGUGAUCAAUAUGAAAAUUUUCCCAAUAAUAUCCUUACAUUUUCUAACAAAUAGCUAAUUAGAAUAUUCAAACUCGUCGGGUAGAAGUCGUUGUCUUGAUCUACCACCAAAUUCUCGUAACUAAUUUACAAGAACAUGUAGCAGCUAGAGGGGAGAAUUACCAAUCAGAUCUUGAGACUUGAAGGGUUAAUUGUCUAAACGUUUUUAACCUUGUGUCCUCAGAUUUUAAUGAAUGUCACAUGAACAAUGCCGGAUGUGAACAAAUUUGCAGCAACAGCAAAGGAAGUUUCAACUGUGAUUGCAGAGCAGGAUUCAAACUCAAGGCAGAUAAAAUGGGUUGUGAAGGUAAUGGACGAACAGACCGUCAAGAAAAUGUCUAUACUACAUCUUGUUGGGACCCGAAUUUGUUAAUGCGCGUAUUGUUAUUAUUUCCAUUUUAAUUAAAGUAAUCAUCAUUUCACGAUUAUGGGAACUUUACUUCGUCAAAGAUGAUACCUUUUUAAAUGCACUUGUUUAUGAAACUGUCAGUUAAAUAAGCUAAUACUUUCGUGCAGAUAUCGAUGAAUGUGCUUCGAUUGACAAGGGUGGCUGCGAGUAUAAAUGCAGUAACUAUGAAGGAGGAUAUUACUGCACUUGCCCUGCUGGUUAUCGACUGAUGGACGAUAAUAAGGGAUGUGAAGGUACUCCAGUUGACGCAUUUUUCAGUCAGAGCUUGUUUCAAGGAAGGCUUCAACAUCUAUAAGUACUAAAUACUUUUAUAAACCUCUGUUUGACAUCUGAAUUGACGUUUGACAUCUGAAUCAAACGAAAUAUGUUUCCGUAAUUCUGGAAAUGUGACUUUUUAGUCAGGGAUUAUAUCAACGAAGGCUUCAACAUCUAAAAGUACUAAAUACUUUUGUAAACCUCUGUUUGGAUAAAAUUGUCAUCUGACAGAAACAAAGCUCACUGCCAAAGUAAUUUGUAUGCUUCUCCGUUAAAGAGAUUUAUCCUCCAGUUUUAGAGGUCCCAUUCCGUGGUAGAGUCACAUCAGAAAUGACAAUAUAAUGUUUAAUAUCUGAAUCAAACGAAAUAUGCUUCCGUAAUUCUGGAAAUGUGACUUUUUAGUCAGGGAUUAUAUCAAGGAAGGCUUCAACACCUUUAAGUACUAAAUACUUUUAUAAACCUCUGUUUGGACGAAAUUGUCCGGCAUCUAACAGAAACAAAGCUCACUGCCAAAGUAAUUUGUGUGCUUCUCCGUUACAGAGAUUUAUUGUCCAGUUUUAGAAGUCCCAUUCCGUGGUAAAGUUACACCAGCGAUCUGCACUGACGACCGUGCAAAUAUCAGACGUAACACUGUAUGCUCGUAUGGCUGUGAGACUGGACACCAUCUGGUAGGCGACGAUAAAGUGUUAAUUUGCCAGAUUGAUGGAAUGUGGAAGGGAACUGUUCCAUUUUGCAAGCGUAUGUGAUACAAGUUUAUUUCACUCGUUGUUAUAUUUGUCAACGCUGUAGAAAGAUAGCAAGAGCAUCUCCCUUCUCCAGUCAACUCAAUGAUUUUUCCCUAAGCGUCAAAACGGCUAAAUGUAUAUGACAAGAAGCUCAAUUGUCGUUUGUAAGAAAACGUCAAUGCAAACUUAACUGAUAAUGAUUUCAUACCGCCAGAGAAAUUUUCUGUAAUUAUAACAUACAUGUAAUUUACCCAAGGAAAGUUUACACGAUUACCUUGCUACUCCUAAAAGCUUAGUGAAAACAAUUUCACGUACGAAACUCCGCAAAUUUUUGCAUUUCUGAUCAGUCAAAAGAUUUAAAACACCGUCUCCCACACCAUCUUAAGAGCUUCAGAGCAUUACUCCCCCCUCGGCUUAAUACGUCUCACACAAUCGCUACGCGUAAGUCAAUAGUUCACCAUGGUUACGUCUUUCUGUGAAGAAAUCUGAUGAAAUAUAAGGUGGAGGUGUUUCCCAACUGAUUGCUUUUCUUUAAAAGAUAAAAUUGUCUUUGCUUUCUCCUUUGUAAAUUUUCAGCGGUUGUGUGUCCGAAGUUGGCUUUACCAGAAAAAGCUGGAGUGAUUCCGGUUUCAUGUUCAGAAACAGAUGUUGAGUACGGAACAGAAUGUGUGUUCCACUGUGAUGAUGGCUUUGAACUAAAAGGUCCACGGUACACCACAUGCAAAGAAGAUACUUCAUGGAGUGAGAUCGCACCAUUGUCUUGCGUAAAAGGUGUGUUGUGAAAUGGUUAUUUACAGGGAAAACGCAGUCAACUUAGAAACGACUUAUUGUGUUGGGAACGAGGUUGAAAUAAACACAUUACCUGGUCGCCAUAGGAAUUUAGAGGGUGGUGCCUUUGAACACAUUGCCGUAUAAAGCUGUAGGCUUUUGAAAUAAUUAUCAUGAUAAUUUUCCUUACUCAUCGAUCCAAGCUCAUUUAAGAACGAUUGUGACUAUUAUUGGAUAAGUGUACGGGUAGUAUCUGAUAUUUCUGCUAAUGCCACACUUUGGGUUACCGAUAUUUGUUUAUAGUCGACACAGAUCCAUGGAUCGAGUGUCCAAUCGACAGAGUAGAAGAUCUUGAUCCAGACAAGUCCACUGUGGUGCUUGGUUACAAGUGGCAACUUCCACGAACCAACAUGAAGAACGUGACAGUAUCGCCUAGAAACUACGAUGAGAAUUAUCCAUUCUCUGUUGGCAAACACCGAGUCACAUGGAUGGGUGCGAGUGAAAGUGGAUCACAGCUUAGCUGUAGCUUCUACAUAAUUGUGAAUGGUGAGAUUUUGUUGCCGUCUAUUGGAAGACACUCUUGAUAAAGCUGUGAUCAACAGCUGAAAAGUCUCCUUGCAAAUCACAAAAUUGUUAAAAAUUAGGUUGCGCGAUUGAUGCAAUUUAUGCUAGAUGUGACAGAAUGUGAAGAAUCCCAUCAAUUUGUUGAGAUGUUUCCUACAUGUACAACUGAUCUUAUCUGUUGCGAUAUUUCAUCAUUUGACAUGAAUGGAAAACGGGAUAAGAUCGUUCGUACUAUGUAAGUACCUGAGCUAUAAGGAAGAAAUUUUAUAAAUAAUCACGAUAUAAUUCUUUUCAAGUUUUAAUGUUUCUUAUUGUCUUAUCUGAAGACGUAACCCCACCCUCAGUCCAAGGUUGUCCAGCCUCAUUUACAGACGUCACCGACUCUCAUCAAAAGAGUGUCACGUGGGAAGAGCCAAUAUUCACUGACAAUGUAGGCGUUGUCAGUGUGUUAUCCAAUCGUCAGCCAGGUUUCGAGAUGGAUACCUUUACGUCGAUAAAUAUCAGAUAUACUGCCACUGAUGCAUCAGACAAUGAAGCGUUCUGCACUUUUAAUAUCACAGUGGAGGGUAUGCAAUAUUUAAAAGCAUAAAUUACCAAAGUUUUUCUUCAACAAGAUUGCUCGUCCGGAAUAUCACUUUUAUGUUGCUAGUUAAAGCAACUACUCAAUGAAAACCGUGACUUUCCUUCGUCUUUGUUCUUUUUAUUUUCCACUUAGAAUUGAAAUAAAUACUAAUCUCGAAAUAAGUCCUUUAAGCAUACUUAACCGCUAUGCGAGAUGAAAUUGUUGAUUUAUUCAUUUGUGAACUUUCAUCCCGGUUAUUGAAAUGAGAUUUAGUUUCCAUCAAAGUUCAUAGGAGAGAUUUCACCCAUGGCUCUAGUAUCAAGUACGAGAUUUAGUGCAAGAAAUCUUUUUUUGGUCAGCUGCGAUAAGAUCCAGACCUCGGUUGCUAGGCUAACCCACAUUUGCAACUGCGCCGGUCGAAUUGCCAUAUGGGAGAGAAUGUUGAACUUAGUUCUUAUGGAGAGGCACCGACUCCUACCUUACGUUUCUCGAACCUUGUAAUUUUAGGUUCAACUUGUAUGACCAUUAAUCCUCCAAGAAAUGGCACAGUUACGAAGAUGGGCUGGUUCCUUCAGCUAAAAUGCAAUCCUGGAUAUUUCUUCAACCCUCCUCCCUCAGGAUCAUUUGGUCUUUUUCAAAACCACGUGUACAGGUGUCUAGGAAAUAAGUGGGUGGCUCAGAGUGAUGGAGUGUCCGUGUUAACAAAGGCACCAGAUUGCGUGGGUAAGUAUGAUACCGUUCUUGGGCUUAAUUAUCAUAAAAAGUAUGAGUGUUAUUUUUAAAGUGUUGAUAUUAUUAUAAUUAUUGUUAAUAUCUUUCUAAUAUCCCUUUAUUUCUUUAUUAGCUCACGCAACUUCUUAUGGCCGUUCGUUUUGCAAGGAAGGUAGCAUUUCUAUUGAAAGCAUCUGCGGUAAGUCGGGACAGAUAAUAAUAAUAAUAAUAAUAAUAAUAAUAAUAUCAACCAAAAAAACAUUCUCAUUGACUUGAUCUCUCUAAAAAUGUAAACACCCUCUUACAUAUGCUCUUUUAGUAAAAGGCAAGAGAUCUGAAAAUUACCCAGGUUUCCCCACCUCCCCCCUCCCCCCCCCCCACCUGAUAUGCGUAGGCGGCAAGAGAACAAUUUCAAGCUCACACCUUAACGUUCAAAUCGCUGAAACAGGAGACACGCGGAGGAGGGGUUGGGGGAGGGGGGAGUGAGAAUCUGGCAGCAAGAAAUCGUUGAAAGAGCCGCUUGCGUAAAAAAAUGAGUGCAAGCACUUUGAUAAAGAAAAACCAAAAAGAAAGCCCAAGUCACUUGCUCCUUAUCAACAGCGUAUAAUUCAGCAGAGAGCUUAUCUUGUCAUUUUGAUAAUUGUUUUCAUUGUUCAAUUAAUUCAUUGUUUUUGUCAUGUACUUACCUAUGUAGACUCAUGUCUAUUUUGUUGUCAGUGAACUGCCCACCCGGAACAUAUAGCGACAGCCAUAGCAACACAUGCGUAGAAUGCAACCCGGGAUUUUAUCAGGACCAGGAGGGAAUGACAGAAUGUCAGCCAUGUCCAAAAAGUUAUUCACACAUUAUAAAAGGAUCUAAAUCGAGUGAUGAUUGCAAACGUAAGAUGAGCAUUGUUGGGUUCGACAAUAGCUGGAAUAGUGUCAUUUGAAACCUCACAGUAGCAGUAUCGUGCCAAACAAAUUUGAUUUUCAACCCCUCAUGUUGAGCUAUAUUGAGCUGCUAUGCUCCCCAGAAAUAUAACCUGCCAUAAUAAAUGCAAACUCAAGUUUAGAUUGCAAACGAAUAAUUGAAAACCAACGGUUCGACCGAAGCUGAGAGUCUGAUUUUUAAAGUCCCAGUAGAGUGGCAAAACAUUUGGUGAUUGUUCUUUACAUUCUCAAGCCUUUAUAUUUUUUGCAAUUUUUUCCUUAACCCUUGUAACUUCUGAUAAUAACUUCUUUCUUAGCUUCAAAUUUCUCAAAGAAUGUUUUUGUUAGGAAAACAAAGAAAUUUAUUGUUUUGUUGAAAGCUGUAACUCAUUUCAUCUCCUUUGAAAUCUAGCAAUCUGCAGACAUGGGCACUACUCUGUUAAUCACGGCAUGGCACCGUGCGUGGAAUGUCCAAAGGGAACAUACCAAAACAGAGAACAACAGACUAUGUGCCAUGCGUGCCCAGUAGGAUCGAUUACAACUAACGUGGGAAGUGUUUCAUUGUCUGACUGCUUCUGUAAGUAUUGGACCUAUGGAGUUAAAAGAUUAAACUACAGAUCAAAUUAUAUUUAGUAGUGAGUGGAUUCUGUGAAGGUAAAAUCGUGGAGAACUUGGAAAAAAGAACUCUGGAACAAAAAUGGGAUCCAGGAACGAACUCCACCAAAAUUUGACGCCAACUAAAUGAAUCGAACCCAGGCUACAGCAGUGAGGUCGAGUGUUCAUAUCGCUGUGCCAUUCCUACACCCAAGGAUCUCUGCUUGAACGUUAAAACUAAUUGUUAUCGAUCCCGUGUGCUAUUCAAUUUUCGCAGCUCCUCUCCGUAUCAUGAUGACCAUCCCGGAUUCUGAUCAUGUCGUGAAUGAGGAAACAACCAUUACGCUCGCUUGUUACAUUGAGGGCAUCCCGACUCCAGCAAUAACAUGGACCAAGGUUGAUGGUAAGAUUCGUUAAGCAUUUCAUGCUCUUGAUUAAUGGCGUCCAUAAAAUGGCUCUAAACCUCUUACAUCGCCACGCUAAUAACAUCACGCUAAAGGCUAAGAGCUAGUGAUCAAAAUUAUUCCUAAAGUAAACUAGAAAAAAUCACGCAAGAUUUAUAAUCAACGGAGUUGACUGAAAACCUUCGGAGUAUACCGCUAUUCGACUGUGUUUUCACCUUUCGUAGUUUUCUCCGUAUCAAAAAAUCUCUCGCACUUUGAAAUAUGCUUUAUGGAAUGACUCACUUAGAGAUUAGAGAUGUCCGUCAUGCGCUGAAAACAGCGCUCUAUUUAACUGACGUAUAAUAACUUCUAAGACUUGAUUUCACCUGGUUAACCCCCUAAUGUACCAGUAAACUUCCUUGUAAACCAUGCUUGAAAUUUUUUGCAGAGGAAAUUCCUUCUGGGCGGCUCAAAAUCCGUAAUCUCUAUGACGCUGAUGUGCAUUUAGAUGGCAUUGAGUAUUACAUUCACGAUGCUGUUGUUGCCGAUUCUGGUACAUAUGAAUGCAAGGCUACAAAUAAACAUGAAUCAGUUAGCAAGCAAGUGAGAAUCGAAGUACUGGCCAAGUCUUCAUCUGGCGCAUUGCCUUAA